AUGGCAGCUGUAGUCAGUUAUUCUCCUCCCUGGUGGGUUAACCUGCUACAUCGACUUCCACACUUCAACCUGCAGUUGGAACAAACGAGCAGUGAUUUUAGUCCUGAGGAUUCGGCAUACCAACAGUCCAUCCUGUUGUUGGGCGGCGUGGCGUUGGCCUGCCUGGCCCUUGACCUCCUCUUCCUUCUCUUCUACUCCUUGUGGUUGUGCUGUCGCCGGAAGAAGAGCGAGGACCAGCCCAACGCAGACUGCUGCUGCACCGCCUGGUGUGUUAUCAUCGCCACCCUCGUGUGCAGCGCUGGCAUAGCUGUCGGUUUCUACGGGAACGGAGAGACUUGCGACGGAGUGAAUCGCCUCACGUACUCCAUGCGCCAUGCUGACCGCACAAUAACAGGAGUGCAGAGUCUGGUCUCAGAGAGCAGUAAAUCACUGAACUUAACCGUGGAUGGGAACCUGCAGAGACUGGAGGUGAAGUAUGCGAAGAACACAGACUAUUUAGCCAUCGUUCAGAAACUGCGGGGGCAACUGGACGAACUGAUCCGGCAGAUGGGGGAGAUCCCGUUCUGGAAAAACCCGAACAUCUCCUUAGGAGACCUGGCCAAGAGGGUCGAACUCUACGACUGGUACAGGUGGCUGGCAUACCUGGGCCUGCUGCUGUUUGACGUGCUCAUUUGCCUCCUGGUGCUAUUUGGCCUUAUUCGUAACUCUAAGGGCACUCUGAUUGGGGUCUGUUUGCUGGGCGUGCUGGCACUCGUCAUCAGCUGGGGAUCACUGGGACUGGAACUGGCUGUCUCCUCGAGCUCCAGCGACUUCUGCGUGGCACCUGACGCGUACGUCUCCAGGGUGGCCGAACAGUACGGCGUGUUUAACAAAGACGUCCUGGAGUAUUACCUGAACUGCGGGAUGGGCCAAGUCAAUCCCUUCCAGCAGAAACUGUCCAGCGGACAUAAAGCUCUGGUGGAAAUGCAAGAUGACGUGUCUGAACUCCUCCGCUCAGCUGCUCGGGAGUAUCCACAGACAAAGGACAACCUGCUGCCAAUCCAGAGGGUCCUGAACAGCACAGAGAUCGGCCUUCAUCAGCUCACUGCCCUGGUGGACUGCCGAAGCCUGCAUAUGGACUAUGUGCAGGCGAUGACAGGUCUGUGUUAUGAUGGUCUGGAGGGGCUGAUUUACCUGGUGCUCUUCUCCUUUGUCACUGCCCUCAUGUUCAGCUCCAUCGUCUGCAGUGUGCCACACACCUGGCAGGGCAAGAGAGGAGAGGAGGACAGUGAGGACGACACCAUGACGCAGGGAGGAAGGCAGAAUCAUGAUAAUCUGUACCGUGUCCACAUGCCCAGUCUGUAUAGCUGUGGCAGCUCUUAUGGCAGUGAGACCAGCAUCCCUGCAGCUGCACACACAGUCAGCAACGCGCCUGUCACAGAGUACAUGACCCAGAACGCAAACUUCCAGAACCCUCGCUGUGAGAACACACCCCUUAUCGGCAGAGAGUCUCCGCCUCCUUCCUACACGUCCAGCAUGAGGGCCAAAUACCUGGCCAACACACGAACCGAAGCCAACAGCAGCUCCGCAGCACCCUGAGAG